CCUCAACUCUCUCACAAUUACACGAAAAUAUCCACUUUCGCAGAGCAUCCAAAACCCUCCAUUACAACUUCCACCAUGCUCUCUGAACUCUGAUCCUUCCGCCAUUUCCAUGGCAGCUUCAAUUUCUGCAUCUCAGCUUCACAAACCUCUUCCCUCCUCCUUCCAUGGAGGCUGGGGGUCCUCCAUUUGCGGCGAAACCACUGGGAUGCUCGCCAAAUCGGUCCCGGAAGUGGUCCGAGUUGGAAAGCCGGUGAGAUUCCGGCCAAUGAUGAAGAAUGUUAACGAAGGGAAAGGUGUAUUUGCGCCUGCCGUUGUUCUUGCUCGAAAUAUUAUCGGAAAGAAACGUUUCAAUCAGUUGAGAGGCAAGGCCAUUGCGCUGCACUCACAGAUUAUUACGGAGUUCUGCAAAUCUAUUGGAGCUGAUGCUAAGCAAAGACAGGGAUUGAUUAGGUUAGCCAAGAAGAAUGGUGAAAGGUUAGGGUUCCUUGCUUGAUUUUAUCACACUCUGUUUCUGUAAUCAUAGAUCUGUUUGAGCUUCCAUUUGUAUAUCUAUCAAACACAAUCUGAAGCAUUAUGUUUGCAUAUUCUUGUAUAUAAAACUCUUAUUCAUCGCUUUUAACAAGAAUCAAAGGAUGAUGAAUGAAGGCCUAGAAUGUUGAUCAAUAUGAUGACUC